GGUGGAUCCAAAAGGGCUCAGCCUCCUUCCGCGUCAGGUCAGAAGACUCGAGAACUCGAGGGCGAGGGCGCUGAGCUGGUGAAUCAUCCGGGCGGCGACGAGAUCGUGGCAGGGCUCCCGUUCGGCUCUUCCGUCUUGCUAACUUCGCACGAGUGCGAGCGCCGCCUGUCUCACCGUCAACAACGCAGCAGUCGCAAGGGCUCGAAUCUACGGCCUCCUGCCCCUCCGCGCAUCCUCCGCCAUCAAACUCAGAACGGGUUCGGCAACGAGAUUGAGGAAAUUGUAACUACAAGGAAAGGAUUCAACCCUGUUGAGUUGAUUCGAUAUUUGUAAGAUCUGGACUGGUCUAUGGUACUUUCACGACCUAAUUGAAAGCUCACUUGUAGGUUCUAUACUAUACUUUUUAGUGGUUCUGGCUUUCUUGACACAAUGGUGAAGCUGACAAUGAUAGCACGUGUUACUGAUGGCCUUCCACUGGCAGAAGGGUUGGAUGAUGGACGAGAUCAGAAGGAUGCUGAUUUCUACAAGCAGCAAGCUAAACUCAUUUUCAAGAACUUGUCGAAAGGGCAUCAUGAAGCUUCCCGGAUGUCAAUUGAGACAGGGACAUACUAUUUCCACUACAUCAUUGAAGGCCGAGUAUGUUAUUUGAUUAUGUGUGACCGCUCUUAUCCAAAAAAACUUGCAUUCCAGUACCUAGAAGAUCUGAAAAAUGAAUUUGAGAGGGUCAACGGAAAUCAAAUAGAAACUGCCGCCAGGCCGUAUGCUUUUAUCAAGUUUGAUACAUUCAUCCAGAAGACUAAGAAACUGUAUUUGGAUACAAGAACUCAAAGGAACAUUGCAAAAUUGAAUGAUGAGCUCUAUGAGGUGCAUCAAAUUAUGACCCGCAAUGUUCAAGAGGUGCUUGGUGUUGGUGAAAAGCUAGACCAGGUCAGUGAAAUGUCAAGAAGAUUGACAUCUGACACGAUAGUAUACGCAAAUAAGGCAAAGGACCUCAAUCGGCAGGCCUUGAUUCGGAAGUAUGCUCCUGUUGCGAUUGUGAUUGGGGUGGUCUUCAUUCUCUUUUGGCUCAAAAACAAGAUAUGGUGAAUGUGAUAUACAAAGGAAGCCGUGGCCCAUUUGACUGGAGAACAGAUGGAAAUCCGGUUGGUCGAUUCUGGAUCAAGAGAUGCUUUGGUGACUUGUAUCCCGUAUCUGCCCAUUCAAGCGAGUACUUCAGCUCUCUUUUGCUCCUCCCUACAAGAUAUUCUAGUGGAUUCGUUGUAGCAUAGACCUUAUGAAAAACUCGAAUUUUGUGCAUCCGUGGAAUUGGUAAAUACAGGCUCUGUAGAGUUGACUUUACGGCAUGGGGAUUGUAAUUUUUCUCGUGAAACUUAAUGCAAGGAUUCAGGCUGAUGAACUGGAUACUCACGCGCA